AUGGACGAGCCCUCAACGCUGCCAAGGACGGUGGGAUCAAGGGACUCACCCGAUGAGCAUGAUAACAUUCUUCCGUCCCCUGAACCACCGACCACUCGUCCAAAUCCCUUCGAUGAUUGUGAUCUUUCGGCUCGCAAAAGGCGUCGGACUUCUGGCUCAAUGUCACCCCCACUGUCCCCGGACAAUAAACCAAGUCCUACACAUAUCGUCGCAAACAUCACCACGUCCCCCACAAAUCUGCAUCGAAGAGAACAACAUGCUCCGGCCUUGGGAGCUAUCGAAGGAUCCGACAUCAUAUGCACGCCGCAAACCCCAGCCAGCGGCAGCAGGGCAAAAAGUAGCUCCACGCCCGCAUCCUCCAGCAGAGUUACACUGAACCUCAAGAAGACAAACAGCCUACCAUUGGUGGUCCAAGACCUUGCUUCCCCGGCAUCAAUGCAUGGAUCGAUAAACACUGACCUCUUGGCUGAGGAAACGACCUUGGUGGAAGAGCCUCAUCUCGAAAAGACCGGAUCCAACACGCCACAGUUAUCUGACUCUACCAGUCCCUCCGUAGAAGCCGUCGCUCUUUCAGGCAAUGAAGCGGGCGAGAGUGAUGAUGAAUUGACUUUUCAAGCCGACAAAAAGAUCACAAGAGUCCUAGGCCACAGGUUGCCUCUCGUCGAUCCCAUCUCGCAGUUUCCGUAUUCUGAGCCCAAUGAGGAUCCAUAUGCGCCCUUGAUGCGCUUAAUUCAUUACCUAUCCUCACACUCGCCUGUAGAUGGCAAGAUCAUUGUCCAGGUGCAAGAUUGGAUGGAGGAUUAUUUGAAUUAUGUCCAAGAACAGGAUGAUGCCAUCGUGCUCGACUCCCGGGAGGCAUGCAGAACAUUUUGGCUCAUGUUUCCAGAAGUCAUCGCUCAACUUUCUCUAAGAAGCCUAGAACUUUUCAGCUCCUCAGUCGAGCUACGAAACGAUAUUCUCGGACUAUGUUCAACCUUUACUAGCCUAGCAGCCCAGAUGGUUGCCCUUGACUCGGCCGCUCUCCGAAAGAUUCAACUUCAUCGUGAUGUGGAUUGUCACCAAUGCCCCGAAGUAUAUUCCUCCAAAUACCUUGAGAGUCUUCACGAUAUCCUUAGCCUCGACGCCUGGUUGACUGCCGGCAAAGGCAGCGACUCUGCUGCAUAUGGGUGGCAUCGGAAUGAAGUUAGAUCCCAUUUGCUCGCUACCUUUCAAUCUCACCAAGGGGGCAGCGUGGCCCAUCUGUCCCAUCUGAUUUCAUCGCUGAUAAGCCUUACCCCAAGAUUUCCUAAACUUAUAGAUAGCUUAGCUUUUGUCGCGCAAAUAUUAGCCGAUUGCCUGCAACGGGCAGUAUAUGUCCUCGACAAUGACAGCGACAGCGGCUGUGUUGCGCAAGUCAAGAAUUUCUUGGAGAUGAGCACCACGGCAUGGAACCGCAUCUUCGCUUGCUUAGGGAUGAUGAUUGAGAAAAACGUGACACAACUCUCGGUCGAGACUGCCGCCAUCCUCCUACAAGCGCUGACCGAGAUACUCAAACUGUCCUUGCGCGGAGACCACGCAGAGGCUGUUGACACGGUUCGACACCAUAUGCGACAAUAUCCGAACCUAUCCGACGAUGACGUGGCAGAAUCCAUCGCCUGGCAGUGGCGUAUCGACAUACUUGACCGCUUGAUACGGUCGAGUCAGAUGCAGCUUCGUGUCAUGGCGAUUUCGAAGCUCUGCGCCGAUCUUGUGACAGUGUGGAGAAAUGCCAUGAAUGAUGUGGAUGAAUCGCACUCCUUUUUCCUGAGAACGCUUGGGACAUAUUUGCUCCAGACGCAUCUGAUUGACUACAUUUUCGGCCCAAAUUGUCAUCCAGAAAUCAUCGCUGAAAGCUCCAAUAUCUUGGGGUUUCUCAUCGUUAUUGGAAUGUACAGACAGGAUCAUACGAAUCGGCUGUGGCAAGGCCUAACGUUGUGCCAAGACCCUCGAAUCGCGGAAGCCCUAGCGCGCAUGGUGGUAAAUAUAACCAACCUGUUCGAUUACGACGGUCUAUUGAGCUGGUGUCAGAAGUUCCAAACGCUCCCAUUGGAGGCUUUCUCUCCUUCGAUGCGCACUUUGUGGGACCACGUUAUGAAUGGCAUGAUAUCACGUUGUCAGUCUGAGCAACAUGUUCCUUCAUCAGAUCCUUAUGACCUUUGCCUGAAACUCCUCAAAGAGUCAUCAGCCUGCACUACGGGGUCGCAAAUCGCGGACCCUGAGUUGCAACGUGCGGCCAAGCAAAAAUUGAAGGAUUUCUUACAGUUAGGACCGAGUCCCGAUGGCCGAAAGGCCCUAUAUCUGAGCUGCAUCAAUGAUAUCGCUGCGAAAUCGCGCACAACUCUGGGCAGUUUGUGGUACUUGUCCAUAGCUAUUAAGGGCACUAUGGCGAGGGACAUACCAAUCUUGACUGAGCAACAUGACCUCGCGAAGCUCCUCGUCGAAGAACUAGUACAGGCACUUCAUGGCGGCCGGGGAAAUGGAGAAUUCGCCGUGUUAUCGGGCGACACCAACCAGCCGAGGAGAGAACUACUCGCUUGCAUCAUUCAGUUUCAACCAACAGCGAUUCAUGACGAACUGGGCACCACACUCUUGGAUAUUCUCGUCGGCCCGAAAUCGCCAUGUGCCGAGGACAGAAAAGCGGGUUGGUCCCUCAUAACGAAUGUGAUGAGAAAGUCUUCAUUGAAGAACCAUUUCCUUCAAAACUGCCUCUCCAAAUAUUUACCAGAUCUCCCCGCCUCGUGUUUCUCUGAUGGAAUGCUCGAGUUCGUUCGGGAACGAAUACUUUACCUCGCCGGUGAUGAAAAUAACGUCGCCUUGGACGAUUCCCAAGCGCUAUUCCACAGUGGCAUUGAACAACUUUGGAGAAUAGUGUUGGAAGCUGACAACACCAUGUUGGUCUCUCAAGCCAUUGCUACGCUCGCUGUGGACCUGUAUUUAGAGAGCAGUGCGAUCAAGUCGUAUCCCUUUUCCAGGGCCAAAAGGAUUCACAAUUCCUUAGUUGGAAGAUGCUUGGAUCAAAUGAAGCAAGCCGCAAGCGAAAUUCUCGGUCCUCAUGAUGGGCUUUUGAGCAAUGGCAACGAAAACUUGAUUAUCACUGCCCCUGAGACAGAUGUCUGCAAACACAAGCUCAUUUUCAAGCGAUCUCUGCAGUUUUUAAGAUUCUUUGUCGAGAAAUACCAAACCCAUCCGCAAUAUGGCGCACCUGAUCUCCGGCCGCUAAUGUCCACCGUUCCUACCCAUAUUAAGGGAAAAUCCGCAGAGCUUAAAUAUCAAGCAUUUGAUGAUGAGAACGGGCAGUCUGGCAUCCACAAUCUGCAAAUUGGCCUUCAGAACACAUGUGCUCACCUCUUGGGUCUUAUAAAAACGGAAACUGGGUUCGAAAACUAUCGCAUCUACUGUAGAGGGCAACAUUUCCUUCCCGCCGAGUUUCAGGUUUCAAAAACCCUCCAUGAACUCCAGCUGCACAACAAUAUCCUCUUGGUAAAAAGAGAAGAAGAUAUAUCAGCUAUGGGAGCUCGCAUCAAACCUGGAUCUUCACCCUUGGAGAUCGAAAUACUAAAUCAUUUUCAGGAUUUGUGGGACUACCUGAGUAUGGAAGACGAGCUUGCGCAAGAAAUUUACGAGUUUCUCGUCCAGCUUCCGGCCAAUAGCGACUUUACCCUGAAUCUCGAGUCCCAAGUCAUGACACAUGAAGACAUUUUCCUCAAGGGUCAUGCGUUCAAAAAUCUUUACGCUAUUCACGCGAUAGCCGAAUAUGUGGAAGUUUCUCGACGCAGCCAUUCAGUUACCUCUCUGACCCCCGAGGCUGAUGUCGACUCGACCAGAUCUUAUCAUCAUGCACUGAGAAAGGCUCUGCGAUUGGUUGUCCAUGCAGUUUCUGAUCCAGAAACGUUCGGACAAGUCUCACCGACACUUGGAUUGAGGAUUGCGGGCUCACUCAUGCAAACAUUUGUAAAACUCGUCAAUGAUGCCAAAUGGGCCGCUCCUGCUUUUCCACUAGAAGACGACGUAAUACCACCCGCCACCUGCCUUGUGGAUAUGCUGUCCAAAGCUGGAGGCAUUAUUGAUGACGCAGGUUUCGUGCUCAUGGAGAGCACGUGCGCGGCAAUUCUAAGCUUGGGAGCCGUAAGCCCCGAAUUUUGGAGUACGGCAACGUCGAAUACCUCGUUUCUGGACGACGUGAUCAAUUUCGUGCUAAAAGACCCGAGGAAGCUGGUCAGGAGAACGGUUGUCAGCCUCAUAGAGGACGCCAUGUUUCCCAAGGAUCGUCUUCCAAGCCCGGAAAAUGGUGAAUGUGCUGUUAUAGCUGGAAGUGGGAUCAAGCCUAUGGUAUUUUCCUUUUGCUCGGCUUUCAUUGACGCCCUUCCUGCCUCGAUGAGUUAUGCAUGUCAAUCGCAGGAAUACUUUGAAGCGCUGCUCUACAUGGUGGAACAAUCUUGCACAAGGUAUCCGUCAUCUGUGCGUGUCGAAAGUCUCGCUGCCAGAUCGUUUGAGCUCUUGCUCGAACACACAUCUAUCGAGCGAAUUGAUGAGCCAGGCGUGACUGAUCUGAUCGCUUCUGGGCUGAGCUCAGUCCUACACGCAUGUAUACAGAUCGAUGAGACUCUGGUCGCGUCCAUACGAAUUGACGAAAGCAGCGUCUCACAACUGUUUUGGCGUCACCUUUUCCCACGAAAACGGCGCAGCGACAAGGAUAGGGUGCCUCGCGUAGUUCUCAACCCGGAUACAAGAGCGAAGCUAUGCGAUAUCGUUUUUCAUUUUGUGAGGUACAAUACCGAUUGUCUAAGCCAGAUUCUCGAGACUUUGACGGGACUUGUGCCUUUCUAUAUUGAGGACCCCGAUGAUCCAUACCUGUACGAACUCCCGUAUCAAUUUGACCGAACCAGAGCUAUCCGAGCAUCAUGCGGAUACGUCGGCUUACGCAACCUUUCCAACACGUGCUAUUUGAACUCGCUCUUUACUCAACUUUUCAUGAAUGUCCGGUUUCGCAGCUUCAUGUUGUCGAUUCCGAUCCGAGAUCCAGAAGGCUCUCAACAGCUGCUGUUCUUCACGCAGAAAUUGUUCGCAUACAUGCAGGAGAGUUACCAGCGCUUCAUCGAUCCCAUUUCAGUUGUGACGUCCAUCAAGACUUAUGACGAUACACUGAUUGAUAUUCACAGCCAGAUGGACGUGGAUGAGUUCUACAACCUGCUGUUUGACCGCUGGGAAGGCCAGCUGCAAGAUGACGCGGAGAAGAAGCUUCUGCGCUCAUUCUAUGGGGGCCAGUUGGUGCAGCAAGUAAAAUCGAAGGAAUGCCAGCACAUCUCGGAGCGACUCGAACCCUUUUCGGCCAUUCAAUGCGAUAUCAAGGGGAAAAGCACCCUUGAAGAGAGUUUGGAAGCUUAUGUACAUGGCGAGGUCAUGGAAGGCGAAAACAAGUACAAGUGCUCAACUUGCGACCGUCACGUCGACGCCGUCAAAAGGGCUUGUCUGAAAGAUGUGCCUGACAACCUCAUCUUCCAUUUGAAGAGAUUCGACUUCAAUCUUCGGACCAUGCAGAGAAACAAGAUUAACGACUACUUUGCAUUUCCCCAGUCCCUGGAUGUAGCGCCUUACACGGUUGAAUAUCUCAGCUCUCAGAGUGGCGCACGACAGAGCGACCUUUUUGAGCUUGUGGGAAUUCUCGUGCAUUCAGGCACCGCGGAGUCAGGGCAUUACUACUCCUACAUUCGGGAUCCCGGGCAUCGAUCGGGUUGGAUCGAGUUCAACGACGACUCUGUUUCCCCUUGGGAUCCUGUGCUCAUGGAAAGCUCGACUUUUGGAGGUCCGGAUCAACAGGCCCUCCACGAGACAAACGGCAUGGUUUAUGACAGGGCGUAUAGCGCUUACAUGCUUUUCUAUCAGCGUGCUUCAUCUCAACGGCCCGAGACGAUGCCCGAGGCCGCUUCAGAAACUACCCGCCCAAUCUCGGUGGAUAUUCCCCAAGCACUGAAGGAUCACAUCUCGGACGAAAACAAGCUCUUCCUGAGGCGUCACUGCUUAUUCGACCCAAACCACACUUUAUUCGUGCAGAAAUGUUUUUCGCAAGCCAUCUUCCACCUAGGUGAAAGCCGGUUGGUCGAGUCCGAACCAGGUCGUGCAGGCAAUGAUAAGCAUGGGGUUGGUGACUUGGGCCACGGGCUGCAGAACCUGGCGAUGGAGGUGGCUCUUGCUCAUUUCGAUCAAGUUGUCACAAGAGCAAAGGACCUGCCGUUUCUCUCUUCAUUCUCUUCGUUGCUCAAAACCGCCGUUGUAAAGUGCUGCGACUGCGCAUACGCCUUCUUCUCGUACUUUAGCAGGCGUCAUGCCGUUGCUCGCGCCUUGAUUCAAAGAAACCCGGAGACGAGUGUCCGAGACUUUGCAAGCAGGACUCUUAUCCUUGCAGUUGAAAGGAUUCGCAGUGGCCUUUCGCGUCGGUACUACAAUUCCAGCACGACAAGCACCAGAAUGAGGCAAGGGGAGGGCGGGAGCGAAGACGACUGGGAAGAGCUGGAGUCGUCGCCGUCGGUUCUGCAGUGCACCUUGGACAUCUUUGGUCACUUGUGGAGGUAUUUCCACGUUCACAUCAGAGCAUGGGACGAGCACUUCGCCACGAUGCUGGCGUUUGCGCGGCUCGGACAGCUCGAGGUUGGGCACCUGCUCGCCGAAGACUACCUUUUGAAGCUUCUGCGCAUCAUCAGCGCCGAUGCGGCAGCGGAUCUGCCUGCCAACUAUCACCGCAUGGUGGCGAACCUCGGCCGACGGUUCCACUCCAAACCACCUUCCUACGCGGCCAUCCUGGCACUCAUUGACCACCUUUUGGCCCAGCUAGAGCCAUGUCUCGGGGCGGAAGUGAUUGUGGACGAAGCCAAAGACAGGCGCGGAGCGCGACGGCCGUUCCUUUGGACGUCGGGUGAAGUCGAUGCCGUCCAUCGGCAUCCUGGGCGGCAAGCUGCCAGCAUUUUCGUGGAGAAGCUGCUGGACAUGGAUCAGGUGCCCGAGGUGACGAGCAGCAUCAUCGGCAGAUUGGUGGAAAGCGGCGAAGAGCUUGACAUGAGGGUGUUCAACACUUUGCGCAGGAGCAUCCAAGGCGAAACGUCGACGCAACCCAUGGACUCGUCCAUACGGGCCGCGGGUCGCUACGUAGAAAGUAGCGAGUCUGUGGACAGGGCGCAGAGCCUCAUCCGCCAUGUCUGCGGUCAGUCGCGGGGCUUCCAGCACAGCGAGGGCAGCGCGUUCCUCAACUUCUUUGAGCUUGUCUUGCAGACGCGACGACCCACCGAGUCUUUGGCUCGUGCGCGACGAAUAUGCGCCAUCCAAGCGAUCCCGACAUGGGCACCUUACCUGCUCGUCUACAACGAUGCACAGACGAGGAGCAAUGCCGAGCGGCUCAUUGACCACACGCUGUUCAACGCUUCAUCGAGGGAUGCGUCGGAAGAAGAGGGUGGGGAUGCGGAACAGAAGCGAGCCCUGAUGCAGAGCGUGAUAAGACAGCUGGGGAUUCAGUGUUUGGCCUACUUGCGGGAAUUUCACAUCAAGCGCAGAGUACAGCUGGAGCGCAGCUCGGCCGGUCACAUAUCAAGAGUGAUUAACAAGUGCGCUCCAUAUUACGAUGCGAGGGAUGAUGCAGACGGCUACGAAGAUGACGGCGUUGCCUUUACACUCAUCCAGGGCGAAAUACGAAGCCCUUUGCAAAGGCUCUUGGUAGAUGAGCUAGAUGACGAUGGAUCGGACUGGGAUGGAUCUUGUGGCUCGUCCGAGUUGAUGAACGCCGGCGUGGGCAUAUCCAUUCAGUCUCCGAACGACGGCUACGACUAA